AUGUCGCUCGCUUGGAGAACCGACGCACAGGAGCGCGGUCUGGCCGCGUGCCUCCGCCAGCGCGACGACAACGCGCACCAGACACCGACGCGAAUCGGAGAAGGUGGCAACAUCUUGCAGCGCGGUACGGCGGUAUAUCUACGGCAGCGCGACAUCAACUCGUGUCCGCGACGGCUGACGCUGGACGAUCGCCAGUUUCUCGAUCGCGUCAUUCACGAUGCGUCGCUGAGCCACAGCUCCGACUGCGACGGCCGCCUCGCAAUCAUUGUGACGCGCCUUGGUGUCCAAAUCCCACUUGUCUACUGCACUCCCACGAAGGCGGCUCCUGUCCAGCGGCAAGAGCAACAGCAGCAAGAACAAGAGCAACGCAUUCGAGAGCGUCAAGACCGUGCGCGAGCGUAG